GCGCUCUUGUUUAAUCGUCGUCUUCCCCAUUGGCCAUGUGGGUGUCCCUCUCCAUGGAAUCCAUGGCGCAGCUCAGCUCCCAUAUAAUCCAUGGCGCACACUGUCUUGCCAGUUGCCACAUUAAUUCAGCAUCCCUCUGCUUAAUUGCUUCGUAGCAUACCAAGUAGUAGUGGUAGCAGCAGCAGCAGCAGCAAGUAGCACCUGUGCUUACUCGCCAUGGCUAUGGUGGCCGGCGACGAGGCGAUGUCAGUGCCAUGGCACGACGUCGGCGUCGUCGUCGACCCCGAGGCGGCCGGGACGGCGCCGUUCGACGCCGGCGCCGGCUAUGUCCCAUCGUACGGUCAGUGCCAAUACUACUACUACUACGACGACCACCACCACCACCCGUGCAGCACGGAGCUGAUCCACGCGGGCGACGCUGGCAGUGCGGUUGCGGUUGCGUACGACGGCGUCGACGGCUGGGUUCACGCCGCCGCCGCAGCCACCUCCCCGUCCUCGUCAUCUGCGCUCACCUUCGAUGGUCACGGCGCCGAGGAGCACAGCGCAGUGUCGUGGAUGGACAUGGACAUGGACGCGCACGGCGCCGCGCCUCCCCUAAUCGGCUACGGCCCGACGGCGGCGACCUCCUCCCCCUCCUCCUGCUUCAGCUCCGGCGGCUCCGGCGACAGCGGCAUGGUGAUGGUGACCACCACCACCCCGAGGAGCGCCGCCGCCUCUGGUUCGCAGAGGCGGGCACGCCCGCCGCCGUCGCCGUUGCAGGGAUCAGAGCUGCACGAGUACUCCAAGAAGCAGCGCGCCAACAACAAGGAGACACAGAGCUCAGCUGCCAAGAGCCGGCGGGAGAGGAUCAGCGAGCGGCUGAGGGCGCUGCAGGAGCUGGUGCCGAGCGGCGGGAAGGUGGACAUGGUGACCAUGCUGGACAGGGCCAUCAGCUACGUCAAGUUCAUGCAGAUGCAGCUCAGGGUGCUGGAGACCGACGCGUUCUGGCCGGCGUCCGACGGCGCCACGCCGGACAUCUCCCGGGUCAAGGACGCGCUCGACGCCAUCAUCCUCUCCUCGUCCUCGCCCUCGCAAAAGGCUUCUCCUCCUCGGUCGGGCUAGCAAAUAUAUCGACGAGCUUCCGAUCUCCCAAAAUCCAAAUUACGCUUACUUGCAACUCCGGAUGUUGCAUUCAUUUUGUUCGUCAUGCAUGUAUAAUUUCCCGGCUUUGCUAUGUAAUUAACUACUGUAUUACGUCGUGCUAAUUAGCUAAUGAUACAUGCUAUUUUGCGUUGCUAGAUCGAUCAUUUUCUUCUUCACUAGUCCCUCUAUCCCUAAAUAUAAGAUAAAUAUUUGGCUUAUAAUUUCUCAUAUACCAUAAAAUUUGUAGUAAUAAAAGUAAAUUAAAAUAUCAAAUCAAUAAUAUUAUUUUCAGCAAAUAAAAUAAAAUUUAUAUUAUGCUAAUGGUUACCAAAUGUUUUAAAAGUUAAAUCUUAAAAUAUGUGGGUGUUUUGUAUUACGGGAUGGAGGGACUAUGUCGGUUCUCAGAUAGAUAAGUGCUGGAGAAAUGGGAAUCCGAGUCCCCAUCUCUGGCUGCUCGGGGUGCUAAAGAUCUCCGGAAGAGGUCACAUGGCGCUGCAUCCUGCUUGUUACAAAUGGAACCAAAAGCUUAGUCCCUUGGUCGAAC